CUUUAUGUUUUCUUUUAAGAUAUCUAACUUAAUUCUAGGUUUUAUUGUCUUCUUUUUGUGUUUUUUUUUUUCUGACACAAGUAUUUGUUUGAAUCCCAACUGUCCUACGAGCCUGAGAUUUCUAUCUUUUUUGUAUUUGAAUAUUAGAACUCAGAAUCCAACCUUAUGUUCUAGUACUUAAAUUUGCUUAUUUGUUUUUGUUUGUAUUCAAAUUAUUUGAUUUUAAGUUUGUGUUGUUGGGUUUGUUAGGUGACUGAAGGCCUUGAUCGUUGAAAAGAAAUGGAGGGAUAUGGGGAUUUUGUGCAAUGGCUUUUACCAGACAUGUCUAUAAAGAUCCUAACGUGUUUGGAGGACCCUUGUGAUCUUAUCCGGGCUUCUGCUGUUUCUAGUUCUUGGCGUCAAUUCGUGAUUGGAAAUGGCUUGUGUAAGCAUCUCUGUUUAAGAAGAUUUCCUGAAAUAUCAAGUGUUGCGAAUAUGAUUGAAGUUGAAAACACGGUUGUACCAGCAGUAUCUGACCCAGAAAGGUCUAAGGAGUGGUUAUGUCUGGAGAGGGAUCACAGAUUUUAUGCGUUUUUGACACAAGGCCUUUCCAACUCUAUGACGGAAGAAUGCUUAAUAGAUGCAAUCCAUGCAUCAAGCACUGACAACUAUCCUGAAGAAAGCAUUCUGAACACGCUAACACCGGGUGAUCGUAUGGGGCGGAGGGCUUCAUACUGGUCAAGUGGAGGACAAAAUGAUCCUACAGUUCCUGAGACGCUAACAUAUAAAUUAAUCUCAAAGCUGUGCUUGAUUUCAGAAAUUCAUGUACAACCAUUUCAAGCGUAUUUCCAGUUUGGCUUUCCCAUUUAUUCAGCAAAAGCUAUGAGAUUCAGGGUGGGACAUCCUAAUGUUAAAAUAGAUGUAGAAAGUGACAACGGACAUGAAUCAGCCGCUGCUCAAGGAUCUUACUCUGCGAAGAUCGUAUGGACAUAUACCUCACCAUCAUUUCCCAUGGCUCAGGAGAACAUCUUGCAUAAGUUUAAGCUGCCAGAACCUGCUCUUUGCAUUGGCGGAAUCCUACAAGUGGAGCUCUUAGGCAGAGUUCAAAGACAACAAAUGGAUGGUCUAUAUUAUAUAUGUAUAUCGCACGUUCAAGUUGUUGGAAGACCCCUCUUGCCUGCAUUUGAUGUGGAGAUACUUGAUGAAGCCGGGAAGUGCAGCCUGAGGUAUUGCCCAGAAGAAAGGUUAGCCAGUCACAAACUUUCUGAAGGAGCUUCAAGUAGUCCACCUUUCGUCAAUUAGAUUUUAGUGUACACAGCUAUGCAGUAGGGCGGACUGGCGGUAACAGGUAUUUAUUAGAGUCGUCAAGGUGCACACAGGCUAGUCGAGAUAUAAAACAACAAAAAGUAAUUAUGUAGCUUGCUUUCUAUCCAGUCAACUACCACAUUCUCCAAAUGAAUAUUAGUUGUUUUAAUUGCUUCAUUCUUACUUAGCUACAUCAUUCAUUGUAUUGAGUCAUACUCUUUAACUUGUAGCUAAUACGCUAUGCCUUGUAUUCCUGUGGACACAAAAUAGGAUUUCUUGUAUACCACACAAACCGUUGUUAGUUGUUACAAUUACCUAUUGCACCAAAUUGGACAAGCCUAUAGAGACAUUCAUGUUUUCUGACUCAUUUCGUGGGAUUAUACUUAUCUCCGAUGAUCAUGACGGAAGGUCCUAAAAAUAAGUACAAAAAGACAAAAGAGUCAGUACAAAAAUACGUAACCAAAAUAAUUUAUGAUAUACUAGUUAAAAUAUAGAGAUCUUCUGACUUCGAUACAAUUGACGUGGUAUUUUGACCACAACCAUUAAAUUUUGUUCACCCUUGUCGUCGAGACGAAAUACAUAAGUAGACCCUAAAAACAAACUGAUUACUGUAGUACGAAAAGCUGUUUUAACUUGGCCACCAAUUCUGGAGAGGAUCUCAAUCCUUUUCGUCAAGAUGAUAAUGAAGAGAAAUAAAAUGGUAAAUGAGAAGCAACAGAAUGAACGUUGCUUAAAAUAUACUCCUAUAUAAUUAAUUCCUUAUAAGUUCUUCUCGAGAAAAUUGGGAAAGUUUAGUCGGCGGGAUGGACUAGACAAGCAUGUAUGUCUCAUGGGUUGGGACAUUGUAUGGAAUCUAUAUAAUAUAAUAUAAUAUAAUAUAAAGUUAGGCAUAUAUAAGGUGAUGUAGUACCUUUCUAUGACCUAGAAUGAUAUUUAUCUAUUUUUUCAGAUUUUUGGCUUUUUUUUUCCGCAUUUAUCUGCUACAUUAAAAAGAAACUCAAAUGUCUUAAAAUUCUUAUGCGUUGUGACUUACGAUCCUCACAAUUCCUGCACCUGUUACAUUUUCUAUCCAAGUAACGUGUUUUUUAAGACCCUCCGUAAGGAGUCCAGUAGCCUCUAUGGUCUUUUCCAACUACAAAUAAUACUUAAAAUAAGAAUAGCAUUUGCUAUUACUCUUUCCUCUUUUUGUUUCCUAUUGUCAUUGAUUUUAUUAGAAAUAUUAUGCUUUUGAUCUUUGUUUGAGGCUUCCUGUUAGUUUGUGGGGUUUUUUUUCCCCUUUGUUCAUGCUUUCUCAUAUUUUAUUGAUAUUAGUUGUGUUGUUUUUUUGCUGGUUAAUGACAAUUGUUGCAUCGAUCAUUUGCCUCUGUGGGGAUUAACUUGCUUCUCCUUUCUCCUCCAUUUUUGUUUUUCUUUUACCCUUCUCAUUUCUUUCCUGUUUCAGGUAGCAAACUUCUUCUCAGAGCAAAAAUAAAAGUAAAAUUCUAUUUUUACUUUUAGUUUAGUGUGCAAUAGCAUGACAUUGAAACGCUUUCCUCAUUUUUCUGUAUUUAUUAGUUACAGUAUUUAGGCAAGUAAAUAGAUUGAUUGUUAAUUAUUUUGUUUAAUAUAAAAUAUAAUUGAUGCUCCAUUAGAUGUUUCAUUCUUUGAAAGGUGAAGUAAAUUUGUCUUCUCGGUUA